AUGAGAGCAGAGAAUCAAGUCGUACCAUUUCGCAUCACGACGAAAGAUCAAAAGCGGCUGUUCGCAUGGCUUGUUGCCCCUCUGGGGGUAUAUGCCAAGAACUCCGAUGCGUUUAUUCGGGAAAUAACAGGUACCGAUAUAGAAGAUUCGGUUGCGUGGAGCUCGUUGCGCAACGAUGGAGAGGCAAGACUAGUCAUAUAUUUCCACGGCAACUCUGCGACAUUGGCCCAAGAACGCCGCACGAUAGAAUAUCGCUCGUUUUCUGCAGGAGCCUCGGAGAGUAUGUAUGUUUUGGCCUUUGACUAUCGCGGCUUCGGUCUCUCAGAGGGAGAGCCUUCGGAAUCCGGUCUGCUUGACGACGCCGAGGCAGUUGUAGAUUGGGCUCUGAACGUUUCCCGCAUACCGCCUGAGCGGAUUGUGCUCCUGGGACACUCGUUAGGGACAGCUGUCGUAUCCGGUGUAGCACAUCGCUAUGCGACGACUCUGGGUAUCGAGUUUGCAGGUCUUAUUCUCUGCGCGGCAUUUACAAACGCCGGCAACGCAUUCUCAUCCUACUCAAUAGGCGGUGUGAUUCCCGUGCUCGCUCCGGUCAAGCUAUUUCCAGCUUUCCAGGCUUGGUUCGCGCGUAGAAUGGUAGACACAUGGCAUAGCGACAACCGACUGGCUACACUGGCGCGUACUUGCUCAAGGUUCAAGCUAGUCCUUGUUCAUGCCCAAAGCGACUCGACAAUGCCGUGGCACGAGACGGAAGCGCUGUUCCAAUCUACGCUGCGCGCCGCAAAAGACACAAGUCCGGGCAACGACAGCGACGGCGACGGCGACUUGAAAGACAUUGAAGUAGUUGACCUGGGCGAGGCUGGUAGGCAGGAAAUAUGGCGCAGCAACUCGUGUAGUAUAUCCAAGACGAUUGCGAAGCAUGGCGUUACUCGCCCAGGACCCCCACAACCAAAUCUCAACCCUCACCCUCCAAACAUCAUGCCCGCCAUCGCCGCACACCUCCAAGCACGUUUCCUCGAAGACUCUGGCAGCGGCGGAGUCUCAGGCACCGCCAUCGCACUCAUCAUCUUCCUUGGGAUCCUGCCCGUCAUUGUGCUAUUCUGGGCCGUUUGUUUCCUCUUCUGGGCCUAUCCGAAUGAUCGCAAUUGGUGUUGCAUGAGGCGCAAGCGUCGUCCGGAGCCGGAAAGUUUUCUGACGCAGACACCUAUGCCAGCGCCGCCUUUGAAUGAGAAGGACAUGACGCUUCCUCAACGACCAUCUUCUGUGCAGUUCCGAAUAGAGUCUGGAAGCAGCAAUACUGGACGUCUUCAGAAACAUCAGAGACAGGGCAGCUGGGAGAACAGGCAGGCUAGGGCGAGCAUGCAGAGCUUUGGAAGUGGGAACGGGGGGAUGGUGCAAGAACCGAAGCCUUUUGUGUGA